AACUUAUAGCGAAGUAAACGUUGCUAACGAGCGCUAGACAUCAAUGUUCUCCCAUCUCCUACGGAGGCCACGUGUAGUGUCAUUAAUGAGACAUUGUGUUCCUACGUGCUACGCGACACCUUUACCCUCAUUCUUGUCUUGUGGGUUUGUAUUCAGCUGGUCUGGAUCACCAUGUUGUGCGCGGUUCAGCUGGUUCAAAUAGCCCGGAACCAGACGACGUACGAGAACAUGAGAGGUCACUCGAUCGACAGGAGUUACCCAAGCUCGCGCGCCUUUGCCUCUGCCAUGGCCGCUGGAACUACAUCAUAUGACGCUGCUGGUCUCUCAUCCAACGGCCAAGGCCCAAAUCCAGUGCUUGCACACGGCUCAUCCCACCGACAACAGCGUCAUGGCUGCUUACAGCAAUGGUCGUCUCUUCUCGGCGUCGACGCCUUCUUCGCGACGGCACGGGAUGGGUUGCGCGAUGGUCAGCGGACUGGCCGGCCCAAGAACCCCUUCUCCAGGGGAGUUGUUACGAAUUGCCGGGAUUUCUGGUGCGACUCAACGCCGUAUUUCGGCCGACGGGAGCCUGGAGUUGCGAUGCUCGGCAGAGAGACCAUCAACUAUAACCGGAUGUACGAAUCUCCGUCACAGAUGUAUAGUGGCGGGGGGUACCGCAGUGUAGCCGGUGAAGAGGUUUGAGGACAUUUGUCCGCAUUCCUCGUCCCCUUGCCAUUGCGGCUGUUUGUGGAGUUGACAUGAACAUGAUGAUGACCAUGUACGUGGUUUAGAGCUUUAUGUUGAUAUGUAUACAGGACUGUGUUA